AUGGCUGCACAGGUACAUCUGCCGUACAGCCAGAAACGUGGCGCACUUGCGACGUGGCCCUCGGCCAACUUGUCUUUCCUCCCCUCCUCUGGUGGCGCCGCAGACUUGUCUCAACGACUGGCCUCCGUCCCUAACGACCGUUACGCGACCCACGAGAACACGCAUUCACCACCGCAACGCCAGCAGCACCCGCUGCCGCACACAGCCCAGGAGCCUCCCAGCAGGCUCUCCACCCCGUCUUCGCAGCACAAGUCUCUUCGCCGCACCCCGAAAUUUGAUUCUGCGCCGAAACCUCAGCCGGAGCGCCGAGUCCACAUCGCCGCUGCUUCGGCGGGCUUCUACCCGAGCAUCGUAUCCAUCUCGCAGGACUCCGAGUCGUCCAUUACUGGGCUUGGAUUGUCUCUGUUUGACGAAGAACACGGGGAUAGCCACCAGCGACGCCAGACUUUGGGACCGCAUCGCGCACCCUCUGGUCCAGCUGAAGCACAGAAUCCUCCUGCUCCCAGCAAGGUCGCUGCGCACCCAAGAGACCUGCACAAGGCUCUUCGCAUUUCCAAGCAUACUCACAGCGCAAUCCUCUUUACCCUUGAAGAAGCUCUCCGCCAACCUCACUCCUUCACCCCUGACGAGAUCGAAGAGUCCGCAAGCAUGUCUGAUCUAAUGACUGGCAGCCUUCCUGCCACGUCCAAUGGCGCUGCCCUUGGUCCUGGCCGCAUGCCGGCUGCUGCUCCCGCGCCUACAAGCUCUCCCUCAGGGAUUAGGGGUCCUAGGAUGAUCAUGCAGGAGCGUGCAGCGAGAGAAGCGCGCCAGAGGGCUGAAGCUCAGCAGAGAGCCGAGAUUGAGCAGCAGGCAUUGAAGAAGAGCCGCGCCGAACAGGAGGCGCGAGUGCAGCUGGAGACUGAGCGCCGCUCUGAAGAACGGCGCGCUGCUGGCGUUGCCGCUGGCCAAGGCAUCACUGCCGAGGCUCAGCAAUCUACUAACCAUUCACACAUGGGCCGAGCUGCCAUGGACCCGUCACAGCAACCGCGCGGCACAACCACAUCUGCCCACGCUUUACCAACUCAACAGCCACCUCCGCAGCAGCAACAGCAGCAACAGCAGCAGCAGCAGCAGCAGCAGCAGCAGCAGCAGCAACGCCCCGUUCACAUGUCCAACACCCAACAACAGCAUACUCCUCCCCAGGCUUUCCCCGCUGGAAACUUACCACCGCAGCACCCUCCUUCUGGAGCACUUCCCGGUGACACAAACGACCCGACCAAGCCGCGCAAUUCUUUUCCCCAUGCCUUUGAGCGGUGGGAAACACUGUCUGCUCACUGGGAGGGAUUGACGAGCUACUGGAUUCGCAAGCUGGAGCAAAACAAGGAUGACAUCAAUCGCGACCCAAUGAGCCAGCAGCUGGCGCGACAGGUCACCGAUUUGUCGGCGGCCGGCGCCAAUUUGUUUCAUGCGGUAGUUGAACUUCAGCGUCUGCGGGCCAGCUCCGAACGAAAGUUUCAGAGGUGGUUCUUUGAAACCAGAUCAGAAUUGGAGCGUGCCCACGAGGUGAAUGCCAUGUUGGAGGCGGCUCUCGAAAAAGAGAGGAGGGACCGCGAACAGGCGAUCCGUGAAGCCGUCGAUCAUGAACGUGGAGUAUCCAAGACUCAGAAGCAACUCGUGGAGAUGAGAAAGGAGCUCUCCAUCUCGAAAGAAGAAGCCCGCCGCGCAUGGGAAGAACUUGGGCGUCGUGAGCAGGAAGAGCGCGAUAGGACUCUAUCUCUUCAGUCAGGACAUCCCACGGUUGUUGGAGGAGUUCAGGUAGUACCAAUGACUCAGGGCGGCGGCCCAAGCAGGCACAGCAGCACCAGGGAGCAGCCAAGCUAUCAAUCCGACUACCAACGACCGACAUACUCCAUCGAGCAGGGCACUCCGGGCCGAGGCCAAUCCGCACCAGGAAGCAGCGGUUCCGGACAAGGACAAUACCCAUCUGGCCACCAGGAAGAUCCGAGCCGUCGCACAGGCGCUGGCUCCGAGGGCGGUUACAGCGAAGGUGAGUACCUUAUCGAUGCGCAGGGGAACUUCAUCCUCGACGGGGACGGCCACAAGAUCCCCUUCGCUGUGCCGCCCUCCACGUACACAGGUUCUGAUUUGGAUCCAGAAGACUACGACACCCCGGCCACCACCAACCCCAGCGGCCAGAACAUGCCAUCAUCAACCUCUGCCCCUCAAGGCCAGUGGACCGGCGCCUAUUCAAACCCCCAGGACUAUUCCGGCCAGGGCUAUGGGAAUGCUGGAUGGGAGACGGUGCCACGCCACCAUCACCCGACUCGGCUGAGCGACGUUAUUGAGGAAGAUGAUGAGAGGAGCCGAACGAGUGCCAGCCACAGUCGGAUUUAG